GUCCUUUCCUGAUAAUAAACAGUUUCAAUUCAUCAAACAAAAUUACGACAGGGUUACAAUUCGUCGUCAUCUACUAGUGCUGUGGAAGAAACAACCGAUUUCUUGGUGACUUUAUUUUUUUCUUGUCAAAGAAGCUAAAAGUUAAAAAAUAUGGAAAACAGAAUUUUAGUUUCAGUGGCCAUUCUAUUGGUUUCUUCCUACUUCGCUUGUGCAGCGUACACUGAUUGUGGGUCGCAAGAUGGUAGCAUUGUCGAUAUACAAAUCACAAACUGCCCAGCCUCAUCCAGAAGAUGUACAUUAAAAAGGAACACCAACGCCACCAUGGUCAUCAACUUCACUCCAAGCACGCCAUCUACAAGUCUGAAAGCUGUCGUUCAUGGACUAAUUAUGGGAGUACCGGUACCAUUCGACUUACCCAAUCCAGACGGCUGUAAAGAUUCUGGUUUGUCCUGUCCAUUGACACCUGGAACUACUUACAAGUACACCACAACGAUGCCAAUCAGUACGAGUUAUCCAAGGAUAACGCUGGACAUAAAGUGGGAACUGGUAGAUUCCGAUCAGAAAGACGUCAUUUGUGCCCAAAUUCCAGCCAGAAUUGCCUAAGAAAUUCCUGGAUUUAAAAUAUUUAAAGUAUUUUUUUUGUGACGAGUCCUUCUUUGAGUGCAAACAAAAACCAUGUAAAUCCAGUUCAAACGUUAUUAAUUAUAAAAUUAUCGUCAACAAAUUGUAAAUUAUUGUAUUUAUAUUGAUAAACAAGCUCUGCCUAGUGUCACUAUCAAAUGAAUAAAUGUUAAUAAAUUAGAUAAAACAAGUUA